GGGAAUUGAAUUGUAAAUUGAAUUGGAAAAUUGAAUUAAAUUUGAAAGUAAAAACUGUAUUAUCAUCUUAUAGUAUGGAAUUUUUUAAUAAUUCUUUAUAUUAAUGUGAUUGCAAAUAAUCACAUCAUCGUUUACCAUAGAAUGUAAAUGUAGCUUUGGCCUCGGUAAUAAAAAUUAUUUAACGAAAAUAUUAAUUUUAUGUCGAAACACUUUAGACACUUUAAUUUGAAGAAAUAGAAAUCGUAAAGUAUUCAGUUCAAGUCAAACCGGUGAUUGUACUUUUGAAGACUUUUUAAACAUGACGUCUGCGUUGAGCGAUGAUUUUGAUAGAGAUGACAUAUUGGGAAAUGGUGAUCUGCUUCAAGUUGCAAAUAGAUUGACAGGAAACAAAACAUUAAAUGAAGGUGACAUACAACAGUUGAUUCAGUAUUUUCUGGAAGAAGCUGCCCUAGAUGACAAUAGAGUCUUGAGUUUUGCUGAGUUUGAACAUAUUAUUGAAAAAAGCAGUAACUUUUCUCAGAUUUUUAGAAUAGACUUCUAAAUUAUUCAACUACAGCUGAUUUGAAAGACUGAUAUUAUGUUGUUUAUACUGCAAGAAAACAUGAGAGAAAUAUUGUCUCACAUUUUAAAAAUUAUAAUUCUUCAGACUCAACAGUAAAUAAUAUUUCAAAGUAUUACAUGAAACGUUUGAAUAUAAAAAUAUUCAAUUUCAAUAUAUUAUAAUAUUUAUUAUAA